UGUUUGUUUUUUUUGUUCAGCCUGUCUCGUGCUUUUUUGGGUCGAUGCUGUGUUCACCGCAGGAUGGACUCCAGGCGGAUCAGACGACGUAUGCGGCGAUGAUUGAUGUCAUGGGCCGAACGCAGCAGUGGGAAAACCUGGAGAAACUCCUUUGUGCGAUAGCGACAGAAAAACUGCCGCCGGACGACAUCAUUUGCAGGUCGGUUGUCGAAAUAUACGGCAGGGCAGGGAGGUUUGAGAAGAUGGAAGAGCUCCUGCAAAUGCUACAGGAGAGGAGGGCAGUAGAUGAGAGUAACAGAGGAGGAGGAGGAGCAGCAGGAACAGCGAGAACGAGCUUUGAGUGGUCAACAUACCAUGCCAUGGCUGAGGUGUAUGGUGCUGCCAAACGCUGGGACGACGUUGCUAGAGUUGUCGGCAGCUGCCAGCGAGAGCUUGGGGUGUUAGAGAUGAAGACAUUGAGUCUGCUUGUGGAUGCUCUGGGUCAGGCGCGGGAGUAUCAAAGCAUGCAAGGCUUGUUGGAAAUGUUUGAAGACCAAGGCACUCGACCGAACUGGCGGUUAUAUGCUGUGCUUUUGGAGGCAUUUGCGAAGCAGUGCGAUAAUCAUGCUGGUCUAUGGCAGUUUGCAGCAAGCAUACUGAACAGGACGGCGAAAGGGGGUGCAACUCCCGGAAGGGUGUCGGUACCCUCUGGGGAUUUGGAAAGGGCAAGGUGCCACUCCAUUCUAGGCGCAAUGUGUAAGCGGUUUAUAGAUGGUGUCCCCGGGUUGGUUGCCUACUACAGAAGCAGAGGAUGGGUUGCCGAUCUGAGCGCGUACCGACUCAUUCUUGAAGGCUAUGGAGCACGGGGUAUGGUUGAUGAGGCGCUUGCGGUGUACGAGGUGAUUCGGCAUGAAGAGAGAAAGCGGCGAGCUGUGUUUUCCAAGGAGGGGGAUGACAGGAACUGGGAAACAGAAGCUCAUCCCGCAGCCGGUCAGGAAUGGAUGGAAAAGGUUGGCCACGGAACGACUGAUUUAGAGGGCAAUGUAGGCAGAGGGAGGCCUGGCGAGAAGCGUAGACAGAGAGGGUAUCGCGGGGAAGACGAGGAUUACGAGGAUUACGAGGAUGCUGACUAUCCCGAGUGCAAGGACGAGGUUGAGGCGGACGAGGGCGGCGAAUCGCUCUGUGCCAAAGAGACUGGCCAGGCAAUUGGGAUGAAUAGGGCUAGCUACAAUUUCCUGAUAGACUCGUGCUGCAAGUCGAGACGGAUGCAGGAUGCAUGGAUGCUGGUGAAAGAUAUGGAGGGGAGAGGGAUGGACCUUCACCAAAGCGCCAUCCACCUCUUUAUGAAUGGGUAUGCCGCGAUGGGGAUGUGGGAUCAGGUGGAGAAUCUUAUGUCGCUAAUGAAGGAGCGCGGCUUGCAAGCUAACAACCGAUCGUAUGCGUUUCUGGUCGAUGCGUAUUGUAAUGCGGGACGUAUAGAAGACGCAAAACGAGUCUCCCGUUCAUUUCACGCAGUCGGCCAUCGCGACUUGGUCGUGAUGCAGAACACCAUGGUCAGGUUAUACGGUUGGAGCGGGGAUAUAGAAAGGGCGCGAUCUACCUAUCGAGGCAUUACGGCGACAGGUGCCCAGCGCAAUCAGGCUUCGUACAUGGCAAUGCUGGACGCUGCUACGAACCUGGGGCGAAUGGAUAUCGUUCUCGAAGUUGCAAAGGACAUGCAGGCGUCACGAUCGUUUGUAGGCAAUGUCAUUUUCACAGCGCUAUUGAAUGCCUGCAAGAAGUGCGGAAGCUGGGAAGACUGGAAGCUUGUGGUGAACUCGAUGACAAUCUUGAAAUUCCCUGAUGAGGUGGUACAGUUCGUGGUUGGCAAGGAGUCAUGGGCGGGCGAUUUGAAGAAGAAGCAAGACAACCGGAACGGCAAGCAGAGAGGAAAGCCGCAAGGUGUGAGCGGCAGGAAAGCCGUGCGGGCGCUGCCGGUGCUGUCACCCGAGGAGGAAGAGAAGGAGCGCGAACUCUGGAGGACUGCCUAUUCUUACCUGGAGCCAUUCACCAGGAUAGCAGUCCACGUAAGCGAGCGCCGGGCCUUGUUCAAUGCGUUGGUGGAUAGCUUGUGGCUUAUGGGACAGGAGACGCGAGCGAGGGCAGUCGUUCAGCUGGGCAUGGCGAGGGGUUUGUACUACAGUAAACCCUUGCAGAGAAACAGCAGUGUGUUAGAGCUGCGGAACCUGAGCGUUGGGAGCAUGCAGGUUAUGUUGCUGUUGUGCCUUCGAGAGAUGCAAAUGGAUGUGCUGAAAAAGAGGGAAAUGCAGAAUACAAGCGAGCGGCGGGGGAUAGAGGGAGGCGGUUGUGGCGGGAAGGCGAAGAGGAAGGAGGCAGAGUUCCCUGAUCGCUUGGACGAAGAGGGACUGAUGGUUGAGAUUGUGUUGAGCGGCGACAAUUGGGAAGGAAAGAAAGGUUGGGCAGAGAUAGAAGAUGCGCUGGAGAUGUUUCUCCGCGAUCUGGGUGCGCCUUUCAAGUGGGCGGAGGGCGGAGGCUCUCGGGAGCGGCGGGAAAAAAUGCUGGCUCUACGCAUGGAUGUCCAGCAGUGGUUGCAAGAGGAACAGACACAAGCCACCCUGGAGUUCGUUAAUGGCCCGCCUUCAUGGGUAAUCCUUGACGACAGUAACAAUCUGAAUAAUGCCCAACGUUUCCACGGUGGCAUAGAUUAAGGUUUCUUGUAUUGUGCGUGCUUGCCUACUACUUUCUUUCCCGGCCCGGCCCCCUUUCAUGUCCAAGGUGUUGCGUGUGUACAAGUGUGUGUAUUUGUUGGUAAGGGGAGCUGCUGGAGGCUGGUGUGUGUUCUGGGCUCUCACCAGAUGGCGCAAGUGGGAGGAGGAGGAGGAGGAGCAGCAGGGGGAGGCUGUGUGUCAGUGCACGCAAUCGGCUAUCCAGGCAAGGAAGGGCACAUUCUCAGGUGCCAUCCACCAAAUUUUAUCUAUUUAUUUAUUUAUUUUUACCAAAACUUCAUUUUAUACAGAUAA